AUGGCCAGCAAGAAGAGGAAAGCGAUUGACCUGACGGCGGACGACUCCGACGAGGCCGCGCCGGACCUCGCACAAUUGCACCGCGAAAGGGAGGAACGCAACGGCUACCGCCUGCGGCGGCCGGGUGCGUCGUGGAUCGGCGAGGCCAAGUAUGACGACGACGAGGUCCGGGAGCUGCGGGAGCGCCUCACAAGGACGAACCACGGAUCGCCCGGGCUCGAGGUGCUGCGCCCGGGCGAGGACGGCGGCUACGACGUCCAGCGCGCGGCGAGCCUGUUUCGGCGGGACGGCUCCGUCGUCCUGCUCGACGCGCUCGACCCGGCGCGACUGGAGGCGCUCCGCCGCGGCGUCGAGCGGGCAGCGGCGGUGGUCCCCUACGCCGUGCCCGCGGGCAACCGCGGCGCGCAGCGCUGGUCGCUCGGGGUGGCGUCGCUCACGCGGCAGCUGAGCCACGUGAAGGCCUGGGCGGACUGCGUGCACGUGCCGCGGAUCGCGCCCGUCCUCGCGGAGAUCAUGGGCCCGGGCCACGUCUGCACGGGCAUGGGCGGCGAGCUGACCGCGCCCGGCGCCGUCGAGUACCAGGAGCUGCACUCGGACCUGGGCGACGGCGACGUCGUCUACAACGGCGUGCGGAUGAAGAACUGGGACGCGCCGUCGGCGCCGGCCGUCGUCGUGAACUUCGCCGUCUCCGACCUGCACGGCCUCAACGGGCCCACGGCCCAGGUCACGGCGGCCGUCGCCGGCUUCUCGACGCAGACGCGGCGCUGCCCCGGCGACGCCGACCCGCGCCGGGACGAGUUCCGCCUCUCGACGGUCCUCGUCGGGGGCCGCCUGCCCGCCGGCUCCGUCGUCGUCCGCGACCCCCGCGCGUGGCACGCGGGCACGGUGAACGUCACGGCCGACGAGCUCCGGCCGCUGCCGAACGUGGAGUACGCGCCGGCCUGGAACGCGGGCUGGUGCGCGCCGUCGAUGCCGCCGCACGUCCACGCGGGCCUCGACGCCGAGGGCCGGCGCCUCUGCGCGCGCAUCGUCGACGCGCCCGGCCGGGCCUACGGCUGGCGCGCGGAGCAUCCGCGCGUCGACGGCUGGGCGCUCGGCAACCGCGACGCGCAGCGCGAGUACCGCGUCUACGCGGCCGCCCCGGCCGCUGUCGCCGUCCUCGAGCAGGACGACUACGGCGUCGUCGACGUCGGCCUGCGCGGCGCCCCGGGCGCGGCGGCGGACCUCGCCACGAAGAACGCCGACGCCGAGCCCCCGGUCUAUCUCCCGGCGCCGGCGACGAUCACCGCGCUCGAUGUCUUCGAGCAAGGCGGCCGCGGCGUCGUCGACGUCCGGCUCGUCGGCGUCGACGCGGCCGGCGCCGCGGUGACCACGGCCCGCGCGUUCCCGGAGGGCUCCUACACCGCCCGGCGCACCGUCUCCGCGCCGGCGACGGGCUUCGCGGGCCUCGCCGUCCGCGAGCAGGACGGCUACGGCGUCGUCGACCUCAAGAUCGUCUAG